AUUAAAAUCAUUAUUCUGUUAUAUUAAAAAACUAAUUUUUUGCAGGGUUUUCAUCUCUUCAAGAUGAACAUGUCAACAUGCUAAUACGUGUUCCCUUAAUUAGUUGUGCUUGGCACAUCAUCAUAAAUUAUAUUCAUAUUUUUAGUCUUCGCUUUUCAAUCAUUAUAAGCAAUUUAAGAUCGUAUGGCAUCUAGCAGAUUAUGCGGUUUUCCUUUGCUCAAUAGAAGAAGAACUUAUGAUCCUAUGAAGGGGACUAAUAGUUCUCCAAAGAAGCAAUUUUCAAAAUCAUUGAAUGAAGGGAAGAAGGGAGAGUCAAUGGAGUGGUCAUUUGUGAGUGCAGAUCAAUUGAUGCUAAUGAUUCAGGUCCAUAAGAAGAUCUUGGUCUUCAGGGACAUCAUUGACCUAGCUCCAUUGAACACAUCUAUCUCCUUACGUGAGAUGGUUAUUACAACCCUGGGUGAUCUGCAUGGGCUCUAUCCGGGGAUCAUAUUGCAAAAUAAGGUUUCGAGGAUUAAGGAUAAGUCUACUGAUCAGGCUCUAGCCUACUUUUGUGAGGUUUUGAAGUCUAUUGGAGAGUCAUGGAUAAUGAAUAGUGACUGCACUAACAACAUCAAUUGUGUGUUUCCUUCUUGCAAGGACAGGAGCAAUAUGCUGCAACUUGGGGAAACUUUGUUGGCCACACUUGAUUGUAUGAUCAAGAUUGCAAAUGACAAGUUUGAUAUCAUGGAAGAAGAUUAUAAUAAGAACGAAUUUGGGACAUUCGGAAAAUCUACACCUACAUAUGGUUCCCCUUCCUUUCAUGGUAGCAGCUUCUUGGGCAGCUCUUCUCCGGACACACCUAGAGGUGUUCUUCCAGAACCCAUGAAAUACCCUGCCAGAACCGGAGAGAACAGUCCAAAAUCUUCUGGUACCUCACCGCUUAGGACUCUCAGAAUUCAGUCUUUGGGAAAGCUGAAUCCAAUUGAUUUGAAGCGCUUGUCUUUCCAUAUGUCACCACCCCACAAGGCAACUCAAAACAAGAAGAUUAAUGAGGAACCAGACAGAGAAAUGGAAGUGGAUCACAAAGAUGGAAAAGAUGAAAAGGAUGACACAUCAGAGGAUCUAGUUUUUAGUAUGGAGACAACAGAGAAAUCAGAGAUAACAAAUGCAGAUCAUAAAGAAUGUGAUGAAGCUCAAGCAAUGCAAGAAGAAAAAGAGGAAAAGUCACAAUCUCCCAAACCAUUGGAAACAACAGCUAUGCUGAUGGAGGAAGCACCAAAGCUUGCACCAUCAUCAAAUUCAUCUCCAUUAUCGCCAGUAGUAACAGCAACAAAUGUUAUGCAGCCAAAUAAGGCAAUGCUGCCUCCGCCACCACCACCACCACCUCCACCUGCACCAUCAUCAGCCAAAUUGCAAAAAAGUGUUGUAGCACUUAAUAUACCACCACCACCUUCUCCACCACCAGUGCCUCUGAGCUCAAGCUUGAGUUCAGUAUCAUCACCUCCAUCACCAUCUCCCCCAAUCAUAUCCUUGAAAGCCGGAUCAGCUUCACCACCUCCACCACCCAUGUCCUUGAAAGCCGGAUCAGCUCCACCACCUCCACCACCCAUGUCCUUGAAAUCCGGAUCAGCUCCAGCACCUCCACCACCACUGCCACGUGGAAAUGGGGGUGCUGCAUUGCCACCACCUCCACCUGUUUCAGGUAGAUGCUUGCGGCCCAAGGCAACUACAAAAUUGAAGAGAUCAACACAAUUGGGCGCCCUUUAUCGAACUCUGAAGGGAAAAGUGGAAGGGUCAAGCCUCAAAGGCAAGUCGGGUGGCGGGAGAAGCAGCUCAAAUGGGGCAGCAUCAAGUUCCGGAGGAAAACAAAGUAUGGCUGAUGCUCUAGCAGAGAUGACAAAACGAUCAUCUUACUUCCAACAAAUAGAAGAAGAUGUUCAAAAAUAUGCAAAACAGAUCCAGGAACUGAGAUCUGCUAUUACCAAUUACAAGACUAAAGAUAUGACAGAUUUGAUCAAGUUCCACCAAGAUGUUGAGUCUGUUCUUGAGAAGCUAACUGAUGAAUCACAGGUCCUAUCAAGGUUUGAGGAUUUCCCCUCGAAGAAGUUAGAAGCUAUGAGAAUGGCAGCAGCACUCUAUAAUAAGCUUAAUUCAAUUCUUAACGAGCUUCAAAAUUGGAAGAUAGUGAGUCCUGUGAAUCAGCUCCUUGAAAAGACCGAACGUUAUUUCGAUAAGAUCAAAACAGAGUUGGAAGCUUUGGAGCGAACCAAAGAUGAAGAAUCCAAGAAAUUCAAGGGCCAUAACAUUGAAUUCGACUUCCACAUUCUUAUAAAAAUCAAAGAAGCAAUGGUGGACGUCUCCUCUAAUUGCAUGGAGUUAGCACUAAAGGAGAGGCGCAGUGAUGCUGCUAAGAAUAAUAGUGAUGGGAAAAGAAAAGAUUAUGCAAAGUUGCUAUGGAGAGCUUUCCAAUUUGCAUUCAAGGUUUAUACAUUUGCAGGUGGAAUUGAUGAUCGUGCUGACAAGCUCACAAAGGAACUUGCUAGGGAAAUAGAGAGUGAUCCAAACCAACCGUGAUCCUGCACACAAAAUAAACUGAUAUAUACUGUAUACUAUAUACUAAACUAUAUAUGCAUGUAGUUGGAGACUUGAACUUUAUGACACUAUAUACUAUA